AUGUCACAAAAAUCAGCACAUAACCAUCCAGCUCUCAUGCUCGAGGAGGACCUAGAUAGCAGCUUCGAUGAAGACAAUCUGCAGCUUCACAAUACCAGUACUAUCCCUGAUGCUCUUGACCAGAUGGAGGUACUAUUGCCAACCCCAGUGACAAAGGAGGUCUCCUACAUCAUCACUGUAUUCUCUGCUGCUGAAAUGAAGAAAGCAAAAACCAAACACGAGCCUAUCAGCAUUUCUGUCAACCUGAACUCUGAUGAACCCUGGGACACUCUCAAGGCCCAGGUACUUGUGAAGAUUUCCAAUGCAAUCAAGCUCCGUGUCCUUGACUUCGACAACUAUGCCCUUACAUACCAGAUCCCACGAGUCCUCCCAAAACCUAGAUUGUCACUCAUAACACAAGCUGAUUUCAAUGGUAUGAUGAAGCGCGUGAAUGGAAUGAAUGCUGUGAGUUCGCUUGUCAACAUCACUGUUGUCCAGGGCCAAGUUCAGGGAGCAAACACUGGCAAUGAUGAAAAUGAGGAUAAUGCAGAACAUGCACCAAUGAAGAAUAAGAAACGAAAAGAAUCCUCUGCUCUCCUUCCUGGAAAUGAGAGGAAGUUGAACAACAUUCAAAUUCUUCGAGCUUGCUGGAAGUGCAAGAGGACAGAUUCAGCAUGCCCCUCCAAACACUGCUAUAUCAACCCAGAAACUGAAGAACACCUCCCACUCAGACAUGAACAAUUUGACUGUUGGGCAUCUGCGAUGCUCAAGGAUGAUGGGAUGGCAACUGUCAAUAAGCCACCACAUCACAAGCUUUUCGAUUCUCGUCCUUCAGCAAUCAGUCCUGUACUACAGCGGUGGCUCAACACCCAAAACACUAAAUCAUCUUCAUCAUCUGCCCCAGUUUUCAGCUUCACAAUCGGAAAUGAAGUCAUCGAUUUUUUUCACCCACAGGUGCCUGCUAUUCCCACGAUACCACUGGCUGCAGCUGCAGCCCCCUCCAACCCUACAUGUACCUCUCUCCUUCAUCCAUCUCAUAUGCAAGGAACAGACAUGCCACUCAACAAGUUUUGUGAAGAAUAUGACCUAGGCAACACCAUUCAUGCAAAGCUUGCUGAGAAUGCCUACAAAGAAGCUUGA